AUGAAACCUUGCACCGAAUCGAUCUAUCAGCCCUUUAGAUGUGGUGGUUGGAGAUACCGCUCUUCGGCAGAGAUCGUAUACCAAAUGUUGACACCUACCUGUGUUCAAACUAGGGACCCCAAAUGGAGACGACCCCUGGAACAUGGGUCCAGGCCCACCAAAUGGAUUAACAAGCCCCUGAUGAGGCCAAUUGGGAUGAGCAGCUUGAAAGCAAUCUCCAUUGGAAAUAUUACAAGUGGCUUUCGAGCUACGGGAAUAUGCCCUUAUGAUAAGGAUGUUCUUCCCAUUGAAGCAUUUGCCCCAAGUCUUGCAACUGAGAAACCUUACCAGGAGACGACCGCCGCUGCCGAUGAUUCGGAAUAUGCUUCAGAUGACUACCUGCCUUUAGAUGGGCGAGGGUUUGGGAGUGCAAUGGAGGAAGAGGCAAGGAAUUCGUUCAUAACGGAAAAGAGGGGAAAACUACAAAAAAUAACAUAUAGAUGUUCUUGUGUCAGAGAAGCCCCAAUAAUGAUGUAUCCAUGCACCAAGGGAUAUGCUAUCUCGAAAGGCGCGUAG